AUGCCACUCCCGACGAACUCGACCGCAGCGGCGGCAGCACCACCGAAUGCAAUUACCAUUUCACCUCCUGGGGCUGGUGGUAUCGCACAGGCUCCGCCCUCUUCAUCUGAGGUGCAGAGUAUCUCGUCAACGCCACUGCAGACGAAUUCGACCGCGGCGGCGGCAGCGCCACCGAAGGCACUCACUGUCUCAGCCUCAGGCCCUGGUGGCAAUGCUCAGGCUCCGCCGUCCUCGCCUGAGGUGCAAAGCUCCCCAUCUACGCCAUGCCCGCCGAAUUCAACAGUCGCGGCGCCAUCGAACGCACUCACAGUUCCACGUGCUGGACCGGGUGGCAAUAUACAGGGUACCUCACCCGCGCCAGCGCCGCCUCAGAACAACAGUACGGUAGCGCCUGCGGUGGCACCCGCGGCGGCACCGGCUCCUGCGAGCAGCGUUCCGGUUUCCCCUCAACCACCGAUGUCAGACGGGUGCAAUUGUACUGAGUCCACACCGAGCGCUGCCUCGCCUCCCGUCCUAACAAGCACACCUGGCGUGGUAGCAGGGUUCACUCCAGGCUUGAAUGGCGCAGCGGUCACGGUUACUACCACCAUGGUAAACACGUCGCUCGUUACGGGACCGCCAUGUACAGUCACCCAAAGCUCGAACACCACAGUAACAGUCCAAGUCUACAUUCAGAUGCCCCAGAAUUCCACUACGUCCAGCACUUCGAGCACACCAACGCCUUCUCCGAUCUGCGGGACGGGCCUGGCAACAACACUUCCGAAUGGCAGCGUCGCUACCUACCUUGUCGGCUCAAGCGGGCCCUCGAAUGCCACAAACGCAACGAUGCCCAGCAACAAUGUCAUGACGAGCACGAUCAGCAACAGCAACGUCCUCAGUACCAUCACAGGCGGCCCAAGUGGCCGAUCUUUCACGAUGCUGGGUAUGACGAUCGCGCGACCCGGCCAGCAAAGCGUCGUCACUGUCUACCCAAGCCAGGCCAGCGUCAUCAUGCUGCCAGCCAGCAGUACACCGAGCACGGUCGUCUACAGCAACUCGCCAGGCCCGAGCACGAUCACGAUUACGGUUCCGCCUAGCUCAACCAGCGUCGUUACCGUUUACGCAAGCACAUCCACCCCGGUGAUUACAGUCGUCGGAGGACCAGUCGGAACAGUGACCACACUGCCCGAUUCAAGCGUCAUCCGAGUCCCACCAAGCGCGACCAGCGUGGUCCCCUUGAUUCAAGUCAAUCUGCCCAUCCAAACACCCACAAUCUCCAUCCUUCAACUCCUAGGCGGACCGAUGGGCGUUACGACCAUGGUCUCCGAAAUCACCAGCGUGGUCAGAGUCCCUGCGGGCGUGACAAGUGAAAUCACGCUCCCAGGCACCGAUCUGCCUUCUCUGGACGUCGUUACGCUUCUCGGUGGCGACAACGGCCUCACGACCGAACUUCCUGCAGUGGAGACGAAUGGAUUGGAUUUAGGGUUCCCGUCACUCCAGCCCGAUGAUCCAGAGCAGCCGGAUCCGGUGUUCGUGACAGACAUUAUCAGUCCGCCGGAAGCUACAGAUCCGCCUGAUGCUCCGCCACCGGAUGAUAAUGCUGAUGACAGCGGGAGUGCGAGACCGUCGGUUGGGCUUGCGGUGGGUGCAGUGGGAGUUGGUGCGUUGUGGUUUACGGUGUUUGUGCUGUGA